AUGAUUCUUCCCAACAUUUUUACUUUGUUUUCGGCUGCGGUUCUCGUUAGCAGCGUUGUCUCAGCGCCCAUAGAACCUCGCCAGGGCUGCUGUGGAUUGGGAGGGAAGCCAAAAUCAACACUCCAAGGAGACCGCAUCACAAUUGGUUACAGGACCGUCCAUCCGGACCAAGCGAAGAUUUACAACCAGAACCACAGAAUCGUUUACAAGCCGGCAUUGACCACUGGCGGAGCCCAGAUCGGAAAGGGUGUCUACAUCACUCCUGGACCUGGGCAGUGGGAAGGCAACUCUGGCGACUGGCAUUGUCUUGUUACCGCAAACAGAAUCGCCGUCGACAACACCAUCAAAGCGUGGAUUCCCCAGAACACCUGGUGGAAAAUUGGUGCGCAGUAUGAUUGGGCGUCCACACAAACUGUCAACAAUAAGAAGGUCGAUGACGAAGCAUUCAAUCGCGCUCUUCGAAUGUCCAAGAUUGACAAGACCAACGACGCCGUCGGUUUUGCUAAGGGGGCUAAGCAGCUGCUCAUCCCGACAGACCUUGUCAACGACAGAGCUCUGGACUUUCAAGUCGAUUGCAAGAAGGACUGGAAGCUUCUCUCGGACACCAAGAUCGUCAACUACAACAGUUGGAAGAAGAACGUGAUUGGUAAGCCGCAGUAA